UGCGAACCGUGAUCUUGGACAAACCACAGCCUGCCAGACCGCGUCGAAUGUGAAACUUAGACGGAUGCUGAAGAGUCCGAGAAAGAAGAGUGUGACGCCAUCACGUCCGCCGCGGAGGAAUGGCUCAAGGCAGGCCAGUGUAAAGAGGGAGCCACCAGAGAUCGACUUGAGUGCAAUCAGACCCCCCAGUCCGACCGAGGACCCGCUUUUAUUGAGUGCAAGACGUGCGGGGUCAACCGCAAGGUCUAGAUUGACCCCUCUCUUCUCAAGCUCGUCACCGUAUAGACAUACCGAUGUCAGGGAUACCCAGUCAGCCGAGUGGACGGACACCGAAUCAGAAGGCGAGGGCGAGUACACAGGUCGUUUCAAGAUGUUUCACGUGCCCACGAAGGCGGACCCGCCGACGAGUGAGACAAGGGCACGCAUGGAGGAGUGGGGUCGGCCGGUCAGCCCAUUUCCUUACGAGGCACGACUGGACAGGAGCUUGCCUGAUCCAGUGGAUAUGGAAGUCGCAGAUAGUGAGAAUGAGGACAUGGAAGGAAAUAUUUUGGAUGCAUUGGAUAUCGAGAGCGUGUUUGAGGACAUUGUGGAGGUGCCACCUGCGUCGGACGAUCAAUCUAGCGAUCCGCCAACCAGUGAUUUUCAUGUCGGGGCAGAAGAGAGUGAGGAUUCAGAUGUGGACGUUGAAAGCAACGUAGUACGCAUCACAGGCAGUGACCCAAAGGCUGCAGCGAGGGCUGCUGCGAUUUUGAAAUUACACGAUUACGACUGUGUAUUGGCUUCUUCUAAGCGUGCCGCUGCCCGGUCACGCACAACGUUCCUUGAUGCAGGCGUCGGGAAACGUCGCAGCUCGACGCAGAGCCGGCGUGCGGUUCACAAGGAAGAUGCGACGCCGUGGUGCAAUGUCGAAGAUAUCAUGCAGGACAUUACCUUCAUCGAGCAACAUACGCCUAUUAAAAUGCCCCUCCGGGUCAGUCUUGGCCACAAUGGACAACGAAUGUCUCGUCCUUCGAGUGCAACAUGCGCCCAACCUCGGUAUAAGCCUAAGGCGGGCGAGUGGAGGCGUGAAGACUGGAAGCUUUUGGAUAAAUGUUUUUUCGAGGAGCGCCGUAUCAACGGAGUCAUCACUGCGUCGGAUGAGGUUAACAGGGAGGCUGUGGUGAUGAGAUUUCAAUCUCUUGCUGGAGGUCACGAUGUUGUGACAGGGCUGGGUCCCCCCUGGAGUUGGGAGAACUUGUUAGCGAGAGUAGAUGUGCUCAUCAGAAAGCGGGCUGCGCGAGCCGAUCUCUCAACACUAUCCUUUGCUAGCUUCGUAUCUCCGAAUGCAUCCACUCUGGCGAAUUUCACCUCUACGCCAUCCCCCCACACACCGCGGUACCGCGACCUCUUCGAUGAAGCCAGUGCAAUUGACACAACGAAUAUUCCCAUAUCUACACCAUCUUACGCAGCUAGGUCUCAACCGACCAUUGUACCACCAAAUUAUCUACCGGAAAAGACAGGUUUCUUUUCCAAGCUUCCAACAUGGGCAUCAUUUCUUCCUCGCCGUGUACAUAUAAAACCUGAUGACCACCCCGACUGUCCUCCCUUGCCUCCUCCGCCCGCAAAUAUCAUAGACCGUCGCAAACCUAUUUUGACACCAGCGCGGAAACUUUCGGAGCAGCGGAAGCCGCACAAGGAUUUUGUGAAUCUUCACCAUACCACACCUCAACAGAAGCGUGCGCAGCUGCGCAGGAAUAAGCCAAAGCGCCUCGUAGAGCUUCGUCACAUAUCGCCGGAGCCUGUCCAACGCGGAUUCACAGGCGAUUACCAGGCAAGACGGAGUAGCGGUGGUAGCGUCAAGGAUUUGAUCCAAUGUUUUGAGGGGACGAUUGAUCUUGCCGGUGAAGGAGGUUCUAUACGGGUCUCUCCAAGUGCCGUGCAGAAUAGGCAUCCUUGGAAACCAUAACUAUGCAUUUAUACUGGAAUAUUAAGAUUAUUGACUUUUAGAUUGGGAUUAUAAUAUAUAGUAAGAAGUUGGGAGGUUAACUUGAUUGUUCUUGCACUCGAUAAAUAAAGCUUUUACAUGUGUCAA